AUUAGCGCGAAAAAAAUCCCCACACUCCCCCGUUACAGCGGCGAAUAAUCAAAUAAAAACGUUUUUGCGAUGUGUUCUAAAUAAAAACAAAGAUUCACACGAUAACGCAACGAUCAUGGAUUCUUCAUCAGUCAAGGGUUAGAAGAGACCUCAAUCAUGACAGGAAGAAGCAUUUCCAUUAAAGUCCUUAAAGAUGUGGUGGCGUAUGUUGACGUGUGGUCUGCCAGCAGGAUGGAGGAUUACUCCAAUCCGUUCAUCCAGCAGCUGCAGGACAUGGGUGCAGAGGUAUCGAAGACUCUCAACAAACAAGUGACCCACGUAGUUUUUAAACAUGGCCGCCUGUCCACAUGGAAGAAAGCCCAGAAAAUGGGUGUGAGGGUUGUGUCUGUCCAGUGGGUGGCAAGAUGCAAAGAAAGUGGCGAACAUAUAGAUGAAGAUCUUUUUCCUGCUCAGAAUGAAGUUUCCAAACUUAAUUUUCUGAAUAAAAGAACACACCGUUGCAUGCAGCCAAGAGAUAUUCCUACAAAAACCCCUGAGAAUGACAGACGGAUGAAAAGAAAACUAGACAAGAUGAUGGAAGGCCUAAUCUCCUCAUCCCCUGUCGUUUCUGACACGUCACCGUUCAUUAUUGAUGAGGAGAAUGGAAUAUUGUACAGUCCCUCUUUAAAGCGCUCUGACAGCAUGGCUCAACGUCUGAGAGAAAUGAGAGCUCAACGUGAACAUCUCUCACCCACUGCCUCACAGAUGCAGGACAGCGGCUCAGGAUCUGAUGUGUCUUUGAGACCUUCUCUGGGUGCCUCACCAACUCUCUCUUUCUUGGAACAGUUAGAGGAUGAGCCUUUGGAAGAGGAUUUGGAUUGUUUCUCAACUUCUCAUUAUCACUCCUCAAAGAACAAAGAUGAAAGAGGGAACCAGAACUGGAAUAAAGAGACAACAGCAAAAAUAGCUAGUAAACAAAGUAACCAGACACCUGAAUCAAACACAUUGGCCAUGUGUACUCUGUCCAGUGUAGAAAGAAAUCCUAAAGUCCUAACACUAUCUACAAAACGAUCAAGAAAAUCCUCUAUGAACAAUACUGGAGGGAAGAAGCAGGCCACUUUAGAGAGUUUUGUUCAUAAAAUAUCUUCUGAAUGCGAACAAAUCUCAGACCUCAAAUCUCAGUCUGAAAAUACUGAAAGAUCCAGAGGGUCAUCUGGGGGUCCUGAAAGACCAGAAAGUUCCUUGCCUGAAAACCUUGUAAAAACAAAUAAAGUCAAAUUGAAACAGCGCUCCAAAGAAGUACAGACCAACUCCAAACGUGCCAACUCCAGGAAGUCAUCUCCAGCAAGCAGUUGUGUCACAGAAAAUGAAAAUAAUUUGCAAAAAAGUGAACCAAGCACUCACAAACCUGUUUCUAAAGUCUCCAAGUCUCUACUAAGUUUUUCUGCAUAUCAUUCAGCAGGCAUGCUUGGUAAUCCUCCUAGUAGAGAUGAUGGUGAGGUGUUUGAUGACUUAUUCUCGCCAGCCAACAACGUCCCCAAACAGAGGGACAUUUUAAUUGGUUUAGAAGCGGUGCACCUGUCCACUUUUGACCUGGUGGAUUCCAACAAGAAGAGAAAGGGGGGCAGAAAGCGGAAACAUGAAAAUAUUGAACUUAAAGACAUAUUAAUUGGCACAUCAGGAUAUAAAAUAGAGGAAACAUCCAUCGUCCCAGAGACGCCCGAAUCAAGGCCUCAACGUUUGUGCGUGGGGAUGCCUGAGGUACCCGAGACACCCAGGGUUGUAGAAAUAAAACAUGAGCCAUUGCAAAAGAAACAAAGACGAAGAACCAGACUUUGCUCUGUUCUCUCUGAAGGGGAAGAUGGUAAAAGCUCAGUUAAGACAAGUCCUGCUGAUGAAAAGAAGGUACCGAUAGCUGCCUCUCUGGCGUCAUCCACCGCAGUUAACGUCAAGUUGCAAAUACAGAAGGAUCUCAAGACAGACCCUAAACAUGUUGUAGGCAAAGAAAAUAGAAGCACAACUGAUGGGCUCAAUGAGAGAACUUCUGAAAUGUGUACCAAAUGGGCAACUGUGAAUAAGGACAAAUACAUGAAGAAAUAUAGAUCCCUGGUAAUGACAAGCAUGCCCACUGAGAAGCAGGAGGUCGUCUUCCAGUUGGUCAGGACUCUGGGUGGCUUUACAGUGGUAGAUGACGUGUGUGAAAGCACCACUCAUGUGGUGUCCGGCAGCCCACGACGGACCCUUAAUGUCCUGUUGGGCAUUGCACGAGGCUGCUGGAUCCUCUCCUUUGAAUGGAUCUUGUGGUGUUUGGAGCACAGGCAGUGGGUUCCUGAGGAACCUUAUGAGCUUUCGGAUCAUUUCCCUGCUGCACCUAUAUGUCGUCUGCAGCAGCAUCUGUCCGCUGGGGAACAUCAGCAGGACCUGUUCCAGGAUCAGCCGCUCAUGUUCGUGUCCCCACACUCCCAGCCCCCCUGCAGCAGCCUGACUGAACUCAUUCAGCUGUGUGGAGGAACCGUGUGCCGCAGUGUGCGACAGGCAGGGAUCUGUAUCGGAGAGUAUAAGGGCAAGAAACCAGAUGGGAGCCGCAGUCUUUCUGAACAGUGGGUUUUAGACUCUGUCACACAUCUCACACUAGUCCCAUAUGAAAAUUAUAUUUUGGAAUAAAGAUCCUAGGAAUGUGACACUCGUUUAUUUGCAAGAAUUGACUGUGACUUUGUUUUUAAUUACUGUCAAAUAUUUGGAUUGUAUUAUGUAUUUGACCAUUUAGAAGUAGUGUCGUUUUUUUGUAAUUGUUUUUAUGAGCUGUCUUUUAUGUUCUUGUGUUUGUUUGUAACAAGUCAUUUAAUAAAACUUGCUGUAUUAACUGUGAAACAUACUUUAAGUAAACUGCAUUAUGCUAUUGGAUUGUAAACAGUGAAGAGCAUGAUAAGGUCAUUUUUAUAGGUUAGAUCUCAACAAAGAGAUUGUGACGUUACCAUGAUUACAGGACUGUUAAUGAGGCAUCACUGACAAUAAA